AUGAGCUACAUGAACCAGAUCUUCCAACCUUACUUGGAUCGAUUCGUGGUCGUAUUCAUCGAUGACAUACUGAUAUACUCGAAGAGCAAAGAAGAGCAUGAAGAACACUUGAGAAUUGUGCUACGAGUGUUACGGGAGAAACAACUGUAUGCGAAACCAUCAAAGUGCGAAUUCUGGUUGCCAGAGAUUCAGUUUCUUGGACAUGUAAUCUCAGAGAAAGGAGUAGCAGUGGACCCCAGUAAGAUCGAAGCAGUAGUAAACUGGGAACGACCAAAGACUAUCACAGAGAUAAGGAGCUUCCUUGGACUAGCAGGAUACUAUCGGAGAUUCAUUGAGGGAUUCUCGAAGCGGGUAUUGCCACUCACCCGAUUGACAAGAAAUGAGGUCCUUUUUGUGUGGACCGAAGAAUGUGAAGCUUGUUUCCAAGAGUUAAAAAGAAUGCUGACGACAGCUCCAUUACUGACACUGCUAGACUAG